CCCCUUACUUGCAGCAGCCAUUUUGCUCGAGCCGGCGACACGAUUUCGCGGUGCGGUUAGAUUAAUUCUAAAUUUUUGUAAUCGGGAUUUAUGUUUUUCCCAAAGCAUUUAUUUUUAUUCGUUGCGUUGUAGUAUAGUACAUUUGGUGGAUUAAGACGUUUCUCGUAAGAAGGUUCACCGCGGGCAUCAGUGAAAUAAUCCUCUCCCAUCGUCCACGAUGUCCGUCGACAAGGAGGAACUGGUGCAACGCGCCAAGCUGGCGGAGCAGGCUGAACGAUAUGACGACAUGGCGGCCGCGAUGAAGGAAGUCACGGAAACCGGCGUCGAGCUGAGCAAUGAGGAAAGGAACCUGCUUUCCGUUGCUUACAAAAACGUGGUGGGAGCUCGACGGUCGUCAUGGCGUGUCAUUUCCUCCAUUGAACAGAAAACCGAAGGCUCGGAAAGAAAACAACAGAUGGCAAAAGAAUAUAGGGUUAAAGUAGAAAAGGAGCUCAGAGAAAUCUGCUACGAUGUUUUGGGUUUACUUGACAAGCACCUUAUUCCUAAAGCUAGUAAUCCAGAAAGUAAAGUAUUUUACCUUAAAAUGAAGGGUGACUACUAUAGGUACCUUGCAGAAGUGGCCACAGGAGAAACCAGAAAUUCUGUUGUAGAGGAUUCACAGAAAGCAUACCAAGACGCUUUCGAGAUCAGCAAGGCGAAAAUGCAGCCCACACACCCAAUAAGGCUGGGUCUGGCGUUAAAUUUCUCCGUCUUCUAUUAUGAGAUAUUAAAUUCACCAGACAAAGCGUGUCAGCUCGCCAAACAGGCGUUCGAUGAUGCGAUCGCCGAAUUAGACACACUGAAUGAAGACUCGUACAAAGACUCGACACUGAUCAUGCAGUUGCUGCGAGACAAUCUGACGCUGUGGACGUCAGACACGCAGGGCGAUGGCGACGAGCCCGCCGAGGGCGGCGACAACUAAUCUCGCGCCGCGCUCACUCCCAGCACACGCAUUUGUUCUCAUUGGUGUUUUAUAAGAAAACGAGUAACAUUCGAGAACGCCGCGCGGCGCGGGUCCUCCGCCGCUGAUGCGAGCCGUCGCUUGUAAAAAAAUGUUAAAAAUGUCGUUCGCAGCGGACCUUCACGUUCCGUCUAAAAUUAAAUGUUAUGUGUCAUCUUUGACGGUUUUGUAUUUCUGUAUUUACACUGGAUUACAGAUAUCGAGCUGACCCGAUGAAUAUAAAUAUUUAUAACUUAAGUUAUUAAAAUUACGGUUUCUUAAGUUAAAAGUGUUUUCCUUUCUAUAUUUAGAAUAAAACUUAACAGCCUGGUCGGCCCCAAAUUAACAUUCCUUUCGCCGCAUGUCCGCAGUGAAAAGGAGAUCAUGAUGGUGAAUAUUGUUUUAAAAUUAUGCUAUUCGUUAUUAAAAUUUGUUGAAGUGCGCCCAUAACUGACCCUAUGAAAAUAGAUUUUACAAAAAGUGAAAUUAAACCACCUGUAUAAUAAUGGCUGUAUCAAUUUAAUUAGGGCACAAAAAACUUGUUAGUGUCUUUCGUGGUUUUUUGUGAUGUCCUCUAAUAUUUUAAUAUUACCAAAGGAAGUCUUUAAUUGUUGACAUUAACCAUUUUGUUGUGCCCCAUCAGUGAUUAUAAUAGCAUUCUGAAUUUUCAGGCAUUUAUUAGCAAGAUAGUUUUUGUGAUGGCCAAUAUUGUAACAUUUCUCUGCUGCAUUUUAUCAGCCAUUAAUCUAUUAUAUUUUUCAUGUUUUCACCAAUAAACUUUUGUAUUAAAUACAA